AUGGGGGAUCCAGAUGGAGGAAGAAUAUCUGGGAAGGGGCCCUGCACUUUGGGACCCAAAGAUGUCAGACCUAUGAAGCAAAAGAGUGAGGCAGUGCCCACAGUCCUGGGCAAGAGGCCGACCCAGGACUGGCAGGCCGGGCAUGAGGAUGGCCUACGGGAGAGGGACAUUUCUGACUGGCUAGAAUGGGAUUCAGAAGAGGAACUGGAAGCGGAACGUGAUCUGAAGGGCGAGGAUCCGGGCAGUAUGACUGGUAGCUGCUCCCAAGGAAUCCUGGACACUGUUCCCAAGAGCAGCUUCUCCUCCCCUGGUGAGUGCUGGGUUUCCCACAGGAUUCUGAGCCGUGUAUCCAGUUUGAGCCCAUCGGAGGGUGUGGAGGACGAAGACGAUGCAGAGUGGUCAGAUGAAGAAGAGGAGGAGGAGGAAGAUGAAGAUGAGUCUGGGAUGAGCGACGAGAUGCCUGAGGCCACAGCUGAGCUAUGGGAGUCGUUCCUCCGGAGUGAUGACCCUUACAAUCCCUUUGCAUUCCUGGGUCCCUGUGGAAAGGAGAAGAAAAGGAAAAGUGAGGAAGGCGAGGAGACUGGCGAAGCAGAGCCUCCUGGGAGCUGGAAAGGAGAGGACAGCGGCCUGAAAAAUGUACAGAAGGGGAAGGAUUGCUGCCGUCUACAGGAAGGAAAGAUUGAAGGCAAGAAGGUGCGGUUCAGCGAUACUGUGGUGGUGCGCCCCCUGGUGGUGUGGGCCUUUGCCAGCCGUGCCGCACGCAGUGGAGCAUGCUGGCAGGAAAUGGCCAGAGACCGGGACAGAUUCCAGAGGCGGGUCCAGCAGACCAGCGUGGCCAUUGAGCCCUGCCUCCAGCCAGAGCACAGAGCCCGAGUGUGGGAGAGGCUGCACGCAAUGUCUUCUGGGCUGUAAAGGCAGAGCCUUAAACUACAAAAGCACUCUGAAGAUCUAUUUAAAAGUUAUAUUGGAAGAGCAGAUCACUGUACAAUCUGUCUUCUGUUUAAAAAAGUGUGAAUUUAAAAUCUUGGGUGUAUAUGUAGAAGAAAUUUGCCUAUAGUAAUACAGUGUGCGAUUGACCAGGAUGAUGUAGUGCCCAUCUGUGAAACAAUUUGCUGUUCAUACCUACACUGUGUAUAUGUAUACUUGUGCAUAUUCCCUUUCAGUUAUUGUAAGUAAAGUGUUAUUUAUUGAAAUUGUUUUCUGUUUUUUGUAAUGGAGUGUUAUUUAUUGGUAGUGUUUCUUUUGCUGUAAAUGUAUUUUUAUUCUAUUUUUUUUAUUACCUCGCUGUUUGUGAAUAAGCACUGAAUAUAAAAGUAAA